UUUUUUUUUUUUCUCUUUCGCUGUUACUAACAGCGACUCUUGCCGAACCUAGGCUUGGAUGUACGGACGCUUAUUUUGGGAAAUAAGUUUUCACGGAGCUUAUUUUUGGAAUUAAGUUGUUAAAUAAUCUUAUUUUUUUCAAAUUUUCUCCUGAAUUGCCUCAAUGUACUUGUUUGAGAGGUCAUAAAACUCAAUUUUAAAAUUUAGCCCAAUUCCAAUCUAAUUCCAAUACUCUUUAAAAUAGCCCAUGGUAAAAUGACGGCCCAUGAUCUGUCAUUUCAAAUUCAAUCUACCUCUCCCACUUUCAAAAACCCUAUUUUCAUCUGCCUCGAUCCACCAUUGUUCAUUGCUUUAAAGCUUUUCGUCCUUAUUUUUAGAUAUACUUCAUCUCUUGCUUUCUAUUUCUCUAUCGAGCUCGGUACCGAUAGAACCAAUGUAGGCGAUUUAGUUGUUGCUGUUUUUAUACUCUUUUCGUCAUUGUUGAGUUCGUAUCUUUGGAGACAAAAAAUGUCUGAUCAAUUUAGUAUUCAAGAAUCCAGAAAGCGUGCAAGGGAGAAUGUGGAUCAAGAUAAGCAAGUUGUUAUGGCGAUUGUAGAUUUUUUCAUGACUAUUGUUGUGGCUUGGUUUGAUUUGAGGUAUAGAGUAAAGGAAAUAAUAUGGAAUCAACAAGAACGUACGGAUAGACGAACAGUUUGGAUGGCGGUUGAUGAAUGAUAGAAUAUGUAGGGAGCAAUUACGUCUAGACAAACGAUAUUUUGAGAAAUUGUGCAAUAUUUUACAAUUUAAGGGUGGUUUAGUGACUACAAGAUAUGUUACAGUGAGAGAAAUUGUUGCAAUGUUUCUUCAUGUUCUUGCACAUGAUUUGAAAAAUAGAACAAUACAAGCAACCUUUGCUCCACAAAUACGCAAGUCAAAACAAGUCAAACAGUUAUUCACAGUUAGUAACUGCGAACAACUAUUUUGUCUUUUUUGACCUGUUCGCAGUUACUAACUGCGAACAGCCUCAAAC